AGCAACAAGUUGCUUCACUUUUCCUUUAUUAUCAAAAAUGAGCAAGCAACAAUGAAUUUGUAAAGCUAUAAGGAUCCGCGUUCAGUGCAAAUCCGAAUUUUCAUGAGAAGGAAGUUCAGCUUGUUGACGAUCAAAAUAGGUCAUCUGUGUGAAAGAAACAAUGUUGUUUUGCUUCUCUGAACCUUUAUAAAUAAUUUCUUACCCUUCCUAAAAGUGCCUAUACUAGAGAUUUAGUAGAAUAUUCGUUCCAACAUUUUGUUUAAAAUAUACUUUUGCUUAUGAAGUGUUACAAGUUUAAGUUCAACAGAAAUGGACCGAAGAGAGAGGCUUGUUGUGUUACGCAAAGUUUGCACUGCAAAGAUUCAGACGAUUAUACCUUGAGAUUCGCUUCAGUUUACGUGUUCUGUUAACCCCCUUCAUUUACGAAGCUGCUAUAGUGAAACUGUGGCUUACCAAAAAGCUUACACAGCUAAAUGUUGCAAUAAGACAUUUGGGGCUCUUAUGUAGGAAGUGCUCGGUUUAUUCAAUUGGCUGUAAGAUCUAAGCUUCAGGUUGCAUAAAAACUACUAGCCAAAUUUAGUCUCUUCUUUACAAAAAAAUUAACAGUUAAUUUUUUCAUAUAGACAUUAUUUAUUUUUCAACCAUUUUUCACAAACAAAGCGACAGCAGAGCACAAACUUUUGAGCCAAAGACAAAAAGCUUACUAACUUUCAAAGCGUCAAUAAACAUUGGAAACAACAGCCGAACAACCCAAUCGUUUUAAUUUUAGACUUUCUUUAAGAGAAAUGAGCAGAGCUUUUAUUUUUUCUUUGUCUUUUUUGAGAUAUUGAUAUAAAGAGGUUAAGCUAAAAUGAAUUGAAAUGAAAAAUGCGAUGGUGGGUAUUUGAUUACCAGCUUCUUCUACAUAAUAUGUUGGUAUUCUUUGUAACUGUUUCGCAUUUAAUCCUUUUGACGACUUUCUUAGGGACAUUCAUGAGACCUACAUUUGGAUAAGAAAUGUCACAUCGAAAAGCUUGUAUGUCAAUGAUGAAGUUUAUCGCGAGAAGCCUACUUACUACAUCAUUGCAUAAAAACUUUAAAUAGGCAACGGAUUUUGACGUGGAAUCGAAAGGGCAUUUAAGUCAGAGUUUCGACAUAGGCUGGACUUUUGGUGCGGUCUCUUUAUUUUAAUGGUCACUGCCUUUCCAUUUUUUUCUAACAAAGAAUGCAUUUAUCAAUGAAUUAAAAGACGGAAAUAUGUAUUCCUCGUUUCCACUACAAAAGUUCACAAAACAUUUGGUGUUCGCCGCUUUGGGCAAUAGAGCUGGGCUUUUUUGGCAGCCCUUUGCUUAUUCAAAGUGGUGUGAAACCACGUGAUAUAUAUAUCUAUAUAUCUAUAUAUAUAUAUAUAUAUAUACAAUAGCAAAGACGAUAGAUUCAAUAUGCGGGACCAUGUCUGCAUUUUACAUUGUGCUUGAUUCCGUCUAUACAGCGCUGCUUGCAUUUAGUGCAACUGUAUUCAACAGUCUCAUAAUAAUCGUGUAUUUCAGAGAAAAAACUCUCCAUACAGUGAACAAUAUUUUCCUGGUCCAGCUGGCGUUGGUCGAUUUAAUGAAGUCCACAUUAAUCCUACCAAUGAAGGCUUACUACCAGCUAACUCCAAGCAGCAAGCUCAAUGGAGCCUAUUGUCCAGUCUCUGGUUUCAUUAUGACUGUCACAACCGUCCUUUCGCCGUUUCUUCUUGCUGCAGUUGCAGUUGUCAGAUAUCACAAGAUAGUAAAAUGGAGAACUUUUGACGAUGUGUUCUCAAAACGUCGUAUAUGGAUCUACAAUGGAAUGAUGCUAACCACGGCCCUAAUUUUUGGCUUACUGCCUAUCUUAGGCAUUGGCAGUUAUUCUUUCUCGCAUUUUCACGGCAUUUGCUUCGUAAUAUUCUCCAGAAAAAACAUUAUUUUUCGGACACUUUUAUGUGUUUUUAUAAUGGGAUGUUGUUUUCCCGUUGUCACUUACUGCUAUGGUUGUAUUUUCUUCAUGUUGCGAAGACAGCACAAAAUUUUGGCAAGAAGGUUGGGCAGUGAGCAGACUUCUGUGCAACUAACGCGAAUUACACAUGCUAAACAAGUGGAUGUAAAUAGCCACAAAGAAGGAGCAGAACAAGCUUCUCCACUACCGGACCAAACCUUAGGACGAGAGGGCACUAUCAUUCAAGCUCCAAAAGCAGCUCUUCGCUUUCCCUCUUUGGGAUCUGUUCCUCAAACGCAUGGAGUGAUAAAGCCAAACGGUAUUGAGGAGAGGCGUGCCUCUGUGCUUCCCAACCGAAGCGAGAUUCAAGUGACCAAGGCUAUGUUCACAGUUGUCGUUGUUUUUACAAUAUUGUGGCUCCCAGCAUUUGUGGCUAAUGUUCUUAUUCUCUCUGGAGUCAAAAGUAUUCCAGAUUGGUACCUUUUCAUGGUUGUCACCUUAAUUAACACGAAAGUUAUUGCGAAUCCAUUGAUUAAUGGUUUGUGGAACCAUUCUUUCAGGUUUGCCUUAAAAAGACUCUUAAAAUUGUCCCAGUAAAGCGUUAUGCUCUUUCUACUACAAGAUCUUCAGUGGAAGGACGAGUGAAUGAAAGUUCACGUGUAAGUGUUAUCUAAGUCAGAACAAGAAAUUCAUACUAUAUUCUUAACGCUAUGCCGAUUGCAGUUUUACGUUUGGGUGCGGUUUUGUGAGCUCGAUAUCAAGGUACAGAAGCAUGGGAUGAAACGUGAAAUAACGAGCAGGAAAAAGUCUUGGAUAUAAAGCCUCGUGUAAUGGAUCAAUAUUUUUCUAUACCAAGAGUGAGAAAUAUUGAGCA